CGCCGGGCCCUGCGAGCUCGGGGCGCCAUGGCCGGGCAGCCGCUCUCCUUCCGCGCCUUCCGCGCCGCCCGCCCCGCCGGCUGCGAGUACGGCUACGGGCACGGGGACGCGCUGGGCGCGCUGCGGGACCGCGAGUUCCCCCGGCUCCGAGGGAUUACUUACCUUGACCAUGCUGGUUCAGCGCUUUUCCCAGAGAGUCUACUUAAAGCUUUUACUGAUGACCUCAGAAACAACAUUUAUGGCAACCCUCAUAGCCAGAAUAUCAGCAGCAAGCUGACAUAUGACACAAUCGAGCAUGUUCGAUACAGAAUAUUGCAGCACUUUCACACUACUGCUGAGGAUUACACCAUCAUUUUCACAUCUGGAUGCACAGCUGCACUUAAACUGAUAGCAGAAUCAUUCCCUUGGAUACCUGAAGGCACAAAGCAACCCAGCAGUCGAUUUUGUUACCUAACUGACAGCCACACAUCUGUGGUUGGUAUGAGGGGCAUAACUGCUUCAAUGAAUGUCUUGUCUGUUCCAAUAAAACCAAAGGAAAUUUUGUUAGCAAAAAGCAGGUUGCCAGCUGAAGAACAAAGCUGCACAACACCUCAUCUAUUCUCUUAUCCAGCUCAGAGCAAUUUUUCUGGUACCAAAUAUCCCCUUUCAUGGAUACAGGACAUAAAAUCUGGAAGACUGUGCCCCAUCAAACUACCAGGGAAGUGGUUUGUUCUACUAGAUGCAGCCUCGUACGUGAGCAGUUCUCCAUUAGACCUGGGAGUUCACCAAGCUGACUUUAUCCCCAUCUCAUUUUAUAAAAUCUUUGGAUUCCCAACUGGUUUAGGAGCAUUAUUGGUAAACAACAGGAUUGCUCCCCUCUUGAGGAAAACCUAUUUUGGAGGUGGAACUGCAGCUGCCUACCUCGCAGGAGAGGAUUUUUAUUUCCCCAGGAAAUCCAUAGCAGAAAGGUUUGAAGAUGGUACUGUCUCUUUUCUUGAUAUCAUUGCUCUGAAGCAUGGAUUUGAUGUUCUGGAAAAACUCACAGGUGGAAUGGAGAAAAUAAAACAGCAUACCUUUGCAUUAGCUCACUACACCUACACUGUGCUGUCUAACUUAAAAUAUGCCAAUGGCGCUCCUGUAGUACGUAUUUACAGUGAUACAGAUUUCAGCAAUCCUGAUGUCCAAGGUCCAAUCAUUAAUUUUAAUGUGCUGGAUGAAAAUGGACAAGUGCUCGGCUUUUCACAGGUGGACAGCAUGGCGAGUCUUCACAACAUACACGUUCGCACAGGCUGCUUCUGUAACACGGGAGCCUGCCAGAUGCAUCUGGGCAUAAGCAAUGAGGACAUCCAAAGGAAUCUGCAGGCUGGCCAUGUCUGUGGAGAUAACAUAGACCUAGUUGAUGGACGUCCCACUGGUUCUGUGAGAAUAUCCUUUGGCUACAUGUCUUCUUUUGAAGAUGCACAGACUUUUUUGAACUUCAUCAUAGCCACCAGACUCUCCAACUCAGAUGCUGAGAUUCCUUUCCAGUCUGUUACAAAGCUGACAACAGAGUCUGUUCCAGAUGACCACCUUUCUUUUAACAAGGAGGAUAAAUUGUCUCCAAUAUUGCAAAUAUCUGACAGAGAACUCAGGAAUAUUCCUUCUGAGGCAGAGACAACUGGCAGCUGGCAGCCACCAGAGCCUGAGGCAGAAAGCGUGAGGGCAACUGUUUCUGAGAUUGCAGUGCCAACGUGUAGAAAAGGUGGCAAGCCCAUCAUUGUCGCCAAAAUUUACCUCUACCCAAUCAAAUCCUGCUCUGCAUUUGAGGUUACAGAAUGGCCAGUAGGAAACCAGGGUUUGCUGUAUGACCGAAACUGGAUGGUUGUAAACCAGAAUGGAGUCUGUAUGACUCAGAAGCAGGAGCCAAGGUUGUGUCUUGUGAAUCCCUCAAUUGAUCUGAAGCAAAAAAUUAUGCUCAUUCAGGCAGAAGGCAUGGACCCAAUAUCUGUGCUGCUAGAAGACAAUACUGGAAAAGAAGCUAUGAUCUGUGAGAGUAAAGUCUGUUCACACAGGGUGAAAACAUAUGACUGUGGAGAAAGAAUUGCUGGCUGGCUCUCUACGUUUCUUGGUCGUCCAUGUCACUUGAUAAGACAAAGUUCAGACAUGAGAAGCAAGUCGCAUCAGAAAAAUACAAAAGGUCUAUCGUCUGCUACAAACAUCUCACUCUCUCUUGUGAAUGAAGCACAAUACCUCCUGAUAAAUGUAGCAAGCAUUCUGCAGCUGAAAGAGCACAUUUCUGCAAGAUUGAAGGAGCCAUUGGAAAUAGAGGAAUUGAUCCGACGUUUCCGUGCCAACAUUGUCAUCAGUGCACCAGAGUCCUUUGAAGAAGAAGAGUGGGCUGAGAUUUCAAUAGGUGCUCUGCAAUUCCAGGUUGUGGGUCCAUGUAGCAGAUGUCAAAUAAUCUGCAUUGAUCAACAGUCUGGGGAACGAAACAAAGAAAUUCUGCAGUCCCUGUCUGCUGCCAGAGGUAGAAAGACAAACUUUGGCAUAUACCUGAUGAACCAGCCCUCAUGCUCACCCUUUUCAGAUACUUUAUCAGUUGGGUCUCAAGUACUUCCAGUGCUGAAGGAGAAUGCAGAAAUUCAGUCUCCGACAUCUAGUGAAGAAAAAUGUUCAGGAUAGAUUCCAUGGUGGAGAUGAAAUUUUUGUGCAACUACAGGGAAAAGUCAGUAGUCAG